UUCACAACCCUCUCUCUCUAGUUAGCACUCUCUCUCCCUCUCUCUCUGUCGGCGAUGCAGAGGCUAUCGCUAGACUCAUCGGCUUCGAAGCUCCAUGGCUAUGGAGGACGAAAGGAUGAAGUCUAUAAUGUCGAUGACUUGAAGCGUAAGGAAUCGUCUCCGUCUCCUUCUUCUUCGUCGUCCUCUGCCGGUUACGACGACCACGAGUUCAAGGACUCGAGGCCGCGGCGGUUAUCGCUGCAGUCGUCGCUCUCGGCGUCGCACCACAAGCAGGAGAAGCUCGUCCACUUCAUUCCCGUGCUCACUCUGAUAUGUUUCAUCAUUCUCUACCUCACUUCUCAUACUCCAUCACAAUCAGAUUUGGCUCACUUUAACGGAUUCAAGCCGCAUUUAGAAUCCGGCGAAAGCAGCGACAUAUCGGGAUUCGUCAGGGCCGAUGCUCUGUCCAUCCGCAGUAGCAUAAGGAACCUGCAAGAGACGGAAAAAUAUCCAUCGAACUCACUCCCGGCGCGUCACCGUACCUCCCAUCGGAAAACCGCUGACUUCUAGAUGGAAGAUUCUAUGUAAAUUAGACAACAAGCCACGCUGAUGGUGAUAGGUUUCGGGAACGUGUCAACGCUACUACAAUACGCAUAUAUAUAUAUAUAUAUGUGUAUGUGUGUGUGUACUAUAUGUAGUGAGAAGAUAGAUGAUGCCAUGUGCUCUCGUAAUUACGUCUGUCCACUUUAGUAGCCCCAUCCCCACUUCCAUCCAUCAAGUAAUCGCCAUCCCUUCUUUAGGCUUACAUGGCAUAUCCUCUUUGGUUAUGUUUCAUGAUCCUCCUUUAGCUCUUUCUUCUUAAGAUGCCUCUCUUUCUCACUCCAAACAUAUAUCUCUCUCUCUGUACAUUUUUUUUGGUAGUUGGGGUGUUAUUAGAAACAAUUCAUGUUAUUAGAAUAUACUUAGAAUAUACAUUCUUUUCUUUAAUUUUAAUUUUAAAUUUGAAUUCAGAACAGAACAAACUUUCUUUAAUUUGAAAUUCGAAUUCAUAACAGGAUAAACAUUUCGAGUUUCUUUCUAUGAGUUAAAAUCUUCAAAUUGAAAUUUAUAUAUAUAUAUAUAUAUAUAAAGCUUUUGGUCGUGGGCCAAAGUGAACCAUAGUGCUCUUCGGAUUCGUUUUUUCUCUUCUUAUCCAUGGAACCCUUUUUAAAAAAAAGAUUUGUAAACCCAUAAUUCGACACCUAUACUUAUCCGGAAAACGAAAUCACUUACAAUUACAUAAAACAAAUUGUUUUUCAAUAAGGUUGAUGUCAAAGCACAGUUAAACAAAAAAAAAAUGGUUGAUGUUUAUUAGUAAUAAUCGG